UCAGGGAGGGUCUUCUGUCAGUGAUAAUGGCAAUGAAUCCUAUGGUCAGGAUGGAUCUUCUGCAUAUGGUGGCACUGCCUCUUAUGGUCAGGACUCACCAUCCAUGGGAGUUAGUGAAUCUGAUUACAGUGAUUCCGCCUCAUCAUCUUACAACCGUCAGAGUGAACGGGAUUUUUAUUCCCCUGGAGGCAGCCAGUCAGGUGGACAUGGAUUAUCUUCUCAAGGUGGUGGCUACUCCGGUGGACAGGGCUCAUCCUCAUUAGGAAGCAACCAGUAUGGUGGGCAGGGUAUGCCUUCAAGAGGCAGCCAGUCUGGUGGACAGGGUGGAUGUGAUUGCUCUGGUGCAAGCUCUACUGGAUCAUAUUCCUCACACAGAAGUAAUUCCUCUUCAAAUGACACAUCUUAUUCUGGAGGAAGCCAUUACAGUAGCUAUGAUUCCUCUUCACCAUCUUACAACCGUCAGAAUGAACGGGAGUCAUAUUCUUCUGGAGCUAGUCAAUAUGGUGGACAAGGAUUUCCAUCUCGUGGAAGCAGCCAGUAUGGUGGACAAGGUCCAUCUUCCUCAGGUGGCAGCCAUUAUGGAGGACAGGGCUUUUCUUCAGGAGGUGGACAGGGUAUGCCUUCAAGAGGCAGCCAGUCUGGUGGACAGGGUGGAUGUCAUUGUCCUGGUGGGAGCCCGGGCUCUUUUGGAGGAAGCAACUACCAUGGUGGACAGGGUUCAUCUUAUUCUGGAAGUAGUCAAUAUGGAGGACAGGGCUCAUCUUAUUCUGGAGGCCGACAGCAUGGUAAACCAGGAUACUCGGGAAGCACUUAUUCUGGGAAGCAGCAACCGCCUUCCUCAGGGGGUAGUCAAGUGAGCUCUGCUGGGAAACACUCCAGUCCCCAACUCCUGCUGUUGUUCAGCAUUUUGAGUGCCUUCGUGCUCUCUGCUCUUACAUCAAAAUGGUCUGUGUGAACAUCAGAAGAUGUACUCGGCAUCCUAGACAUGGAUAAUACGCAGUAAUAUUAGAUUAAUUAAUAUCAGGGGAAAAAAAACAACACCAUGAAGUCAAAUUGUCAGAUGUUACUUGGGCUAUUGUGUUCCAUGUCUGGUUACUAUGUCAUGUCUUUCGUUAGUUUCUUUGGGUUUAGUCAUUGGUAGAUAUCAUUAGUUUUGCCAGUGUUCCAGGCAGCAUUUUGAGAGAACGUAUUGUAUCAUUUUUUUAAAGGAAAUUAUUUUUAUGUCCAGUGGAAAAUGUGAUGAAACACACCUGAAAACUGAUUGAUGUGAGAAACAAUCGCUUAGAUAAUACUGGGUUAGUAACCAACACUGAAUGUCAGACAAAUGGUUUUAUUUGUAAGCUGAGCGCUGUCACUGCCCCUCACUGCAAUACAAUACAAUACACAUACAAUAAAGAUGAGCUCUAACUUCUCGUGAGCAGUCCUCCAUGGGAUGGUGAGAAGGAUGUUAAAAUCAUGUCAUACUAUCAGCUUUAGUUGAAUGUAAACAAACUCACACUCAACAUGGUGGUUGCAAAGCAAAAAGAAAAUAUAUAUAUAUAUAGACUAAAUACGAUCCUUCACCGUUCGGUUGACAGUUUCUUUGGACUACGCAAUAACGUUCUUUUAAUUUAAGCAUCCGAUGUGAGCUGGCAUUGCCCUUCUUUAAUAAACUGAUGGUGGAUUACACGCGUUGCUAGGCGGGCCAAGGGGGGCGGCUACGGCGCCGCUCCUGCCCUGCGCUCGGGCUGUGCCCGCCGGCGCGGCUCGGGGCCGGGCGGGAGGUACGGAGCGGCCCUGGGAACGGAGCGGGCGGGGCCACGGCUGCAGCCGGAGCCUUUGCGGGACGGCACCCGGAAACACCGGGUGGCUGCGGAGAGCCGGGCCGGCGGUGAGGGGUGAGCAGUGAACCGGCAGGGUUGCAGG